UAUUUGGCGGUGUGGUGUGUGCGGUCGGACUGUGGUUGUGUUUCAGGUCUGCUCGUGUUGAUAACGACACACUUCGGACGCAUUUCAUCGCGGAGAGAUGGGAAUUUUGAAGAAAUGGCUCUGAAAGAAAUUGCCCUAACGCUGCUGGCCCUGUUUGGCUCUGUGGCUGUCGGUAAUGCUCUACGCUGUAACUGCACAAGCUGUGAAAAGACGGGCUAUGAGUGCGAGACAGAUGGCGCCUGCAUGGCCUCCACAUACUACAACCAUGGAAAGGAGCAGCAUGUACGCAUCUGUAUCAACCGGGACAACCUGGUCCCCCCUGGACAACCCUUCUACUGUCUGAGCGCUGAAGGCCUGCUCAACACACAUUGCUGCUAUGUAGAUUACUGCAAUAGUAUUGAAGUCCCCGUCCCAACAAAGGAGGGGAACUGGGAAGCCUCAGCGAGCUCCUGGGGGCCGGUGGAGCUGGUGGCGGUCAUUGCAGGGCCAGUGUUCCUUCUCUGUGUGCUGCUGAUGGUUGGCGUGUUCCUGUUCCAGUAUCACCAGAGGGCCUAUAGUCACAGGCAGAGGCUGGAGGUGGAAGACCCAUCCUGUGACCAUCUGUACUUGGCCAAGGACAAGACCCUGCAGGACCUCAUCUAUGACAUGUCCACCUCCGGAUCAGGCUCUGGUUUGCCCCUGUUUGUGCAGCGGACAGUGGCCAGGACCAUUGUGCUGCAGGAGAUAAUAGGAAAGGGUCGUUUCGGUGAGGUGUGGAGAGGGAAGUGGAGGGGAGGAGAUGUGGCGGUGAAGAUCUUCUCAUCUAGAGAGGAGCGCUCCUGGUUCAGAGAGGCUGAGAUCUACCAGACAAUCAUGCUGCGCCACGAAAACAUCCUGGGAUUCAUUGCAGCAGACAAUAAAGACAAUGGUACAUGGACUCAGCUCUGGCUGGUAUCAGACUAUCAUGAGCACGGCUCUCUUUUUGACUACCUGAACCGCUACUCUGUUACCAUUGAGGGCAUGAUCAAACUGGCACUGUCAGCAGCCAGCGGACUGGCACAUCUACACAUGGAGAUCCUCGGCACUCAGGGUAAGCCUGGCAUUGCUCACCGUGACCUCAAGUCUAAAAAUAUCCUGGUUAAGAAGAACGGCAUGUGUGCAAUAGCUGACCUCGGCCUAGCAGUCCGCCACGAGUCCAUCACAGACACAAUCGAUAUAGCACCGAAUCAGCGCGUGGGCACUAAGAGGUAUAUGGCUCCAGAAGUUCUGGAUGAAACCAUCAACAUGAAACACUUUGAUUCCUUCAAGUGUGCCGACAUUUACGCGCUGGGCCUCGUGUACUGGGAGAUUGCGCGUCGCUGCAACGCAGGAGGUAUCCACGAGGAGUACCAGCUGCCCUACUAUGACCUCGUACCCUCUGACCCCUCCAUAGAAGAGAUGAGGAAGGUGGUGUGUGACCAGAAACUGAGGCCAAAUGUGCCCAACUGGUGGCAGAGCUAUGAGUCAUUACGUGUGAUGGGGAAGAUCAUGAGGGAGUGCUGGUACGCCAAUGGAGCAGCCAGACUGACGGCCCUGCGCAUCAAGAAGACCCUGUCUCAGCUCAGCGUGGAGGAGGACGUCAAGAUGUGAGCCGCCAGGCAGCAAAAAAGGCGCGCUGGAGACGCACAACCAGACCACACUCCCAUAGGAAACAAACACUAAAGACAGACUGCAAAUGAAAACCCUGCCAGUUUUAAAGCCACACUCCAAGUUGUGACGAGGCCUACCUCACCUUUUUAGCCAAAACUACUGAGAGUCACCCUCCCACUUUUGACUUUUCUCUCCCCCGCGCCCCCCUCGCCUCCUUGUUUCUCGUGUCUCCUCCCUGUUCCCUUCGGCCUCCCCUUCUCCAUGGGCCACAUCACUACAGCACUACCACUGUUAAUAUCAUCACACUCAACCUGUUUUUGUUUUCAUUUCCCAUGGCAGGAAUUACUAUUGUACAGUGAUGGGAUUUUUUUUAAAAAUCUUUUUUACCUCUCUGAAAUAUGUCCCAUGAUGGACUUCUGUUGUCCUGAAGAGUCGAUAAUGUUCUGGGUUCAUGAACAAUAACACUUCAUAUUCUGUUGGCCGUGCAGCAUCACAUCGUGCUGCUCCGAGUGUGAGGGGGGAAAGAGGCUAAAGCACUGUUUCUAGUCGUGUGUAAAAGGUGUCUGGACUACUAGCAUGUUUCUCUGGUAUCGGCUGUCGCUCAUGAGACAAAUCCAGUAAUGGGGCGUUUUGUAAUUAGACAGCCAGAUUUGCUUUUUAAUCUGUCACCUGAAUACCCCUCCAAUAGAAACGAGUUGCACUCAACUGUAGCUUCCUCAUCAUGUGUGACACCCCCCGGUAUCACAUAACGGAUGUGGUCCAGUCCUGGUGUUAGUUUUGAAAUGUGGCAGGGAUAAUGUUUGGGACGGUUUUAUUUAUUUGUCGAUAGUUUUUAUUUCAUAUUAAUGAACACUGUGAGACGAUUUGUGACAAGCCAGAGUCGAAUACGACGUGAAAAUUAGUUCGGUCUUCACCAACUUUCAGGCGUUAGAUUGUUGCAUUCAUUUUAAUAAGAUACUGAGCGAGGAUGUAGCCAUAAGCCCUGCGUUGGUGACAGGCGAUGACAUCGUGCACACUGAGCAAAUAAAAGGCGUAUGAAAUGGCAAUGAAAAACAGUUUUUUUUUAAAUAUAUUUUUGUGUUUUGUUUAAAGACAUCAUGAUAGGUGUUUUCUUUUGACAUUAUUAGACACUACUGAUGAUGGGUACAUAUGUUUUGUAUAUAAAACAUGCAUUUUUUUUUUCCUUUUUAUGCCACAAGCAUCAGUGUGACAUGUGAACAGUGAUUUUGCUUGAAUGGUACUUUCAGAAGUUUUUUGUUUUGAUCGGUCUGCAUGGUUUCUAACUGUGCCAGGAAAUAGACUGUGCUGGAAUUUAUUUGCUCCUCUCAAGGCAAUUUGGUGGUACUACUGAUCCCAGAUAUUUCUGCUGCAUCCUGAUUAUUUUUUUUUUUAAACGUAUGACUGUUGCUUGUUGAGUUCUUUUCAGAGCUCGGUAAUGCAGAUCUGUUUGUCCUCCGGGGGUGACAUCUCUCUCUCAUUGACACUGGAAUAUUUAGGAGCGUCACAUAACCUUGAAUUCUGAUACUGCCAAUGGCUGUUCAUUCAGAAAUAAAGACAGCUGCUGACAGUUCACACACAGGGAACAUAUGGUUAUAUGUGAAAAGUAGUUGAGACGUUUUACCCUCAAAGACUGACAUGCUGUAAAGUGAAACUGCAUGUUUUCAUUCUACUUUGUCGUCUGCAGACAAAACUAUGAAAGUAUUACACUGACAUUUGUCACCGUUGGGCUCUGCACUGUUAUGUCCACAUGGACUUUAGUUAAUGUUAGUUAUGUCAUCACUUGAUCCAGAAACCAUGUGUCAUGUUAAUAUCCAUUUUGCAUGCUGUCUCAAACACUGGGUCCUCUGCACUGAGGUAGAUGAACUUAAGUCUUUUCCCUACCUGUUGUUUUCAUUCUUCCUUUUUGUUCGGGUCGUUGGCUGUGUACCCCAGAAAUGUUGCUGCUACUGUUAACAUGGGUGGAAGUUCAGCGGGCAGAUCGGAGAAGGAGAGCUGGGAGGGAAAAUAGGGAGACUGCUGUCAGUUGAACCAAAAUUGUCAAAAACACUCCUGUCCAUGUUUGGUUUGUUGCCAUGGGUAUAUGACCAUCAGACAUCCUGUUCAUAAGUAAUACUUAAAAGAUUUCAAAAAUCAUGUUGUGCAAAUCUUUUCAGAAGUAGUUAAGUGUAUAUAGAUGAUAUACAAUAAAUUCCUCUUUUUCUUA